AUGCGCUCGGACGAGAAUGGACAAGCUAUCGCCGCUGACAUCAACAACAUCCCCGAGAUGAUAGGCACCCCACUACCGACCAGCACCAGCAGCACUAUCCCACCGAGAAGCCGGAAGAGCUUCGCUCGCGCGUUCAUUUCUCAAGAUAUUUUCGAGCGCGAGAAUCGUUUAAGCGACAGACGAGAUCCUAAGGACGAAGUGGGAGGUAGCACGGUGGUAGUCGAGGGUGUCGUAGGUGGCAUAAGGGGCCCAGGCGGCGGGUGCCGCGCAUCCUCGAUGACGAUGGCCGAGAGCGCCGUGGAGGACGCCGCAGCCGCGCCCCCGGGUCCGGCCAAGCCGCCACCGCCGUCCUGUACGAACAACAACACCCUCGCGGCGACGGCCAACCGCAACCACCGGAACCCGCGCAAGAAGCGGAGGCGGCUCGAGCAGGUGGUGGACACGCUGCAGGCCCACCGGAGCUCACCGUCCGAAGGCGAGGUGCUCAAGUUCGAAGGCAGCGCACCCGCGUCCGAGGAGGAGGACGUCUUCGGCUCGCCCAGGUCGUCGUCCUCGCGGUCGGCCGCGGAUACCACUUCCAUGAUGAUCGGCCAGUUGUCCCUGAGGCUGAAGGACGCGGAGUCGGUCACGUCGACGGAGGAGGAUCCGGUGAACGAGAGCGGCUCGCAACACCACCACCACCACCGAUCGUACCGUUACUCGUACCACCAUCACCACCACCGACACCCGCGUUACUCGCCCUACCAAAACAACCACCGGUUGUCGGCGCCGAAGUAUCCCGACUGCGUGUGCGCCCAGUGCUCGUCGCAGUCCCUCACGUCGAUGAUGCUGCCGUCGGCCACGUCGCUGCAGACGCCGAUGUCGCGACCCGGUUUCUCGUCCUACGGCAUAUGCGGCGCCUACAGCAGCAUAUUCGAGCAGUACAUGAACAGCAAGUACCUGUCGUCGGGCGACACCUUCCGCGGCCGCAGUCACUCCGACUCGGACCUCGUGCCCAGGUGGGGGGACGAGAGGGUGCCCGCCUCGUCCACCUCGUCCGUCGUCGGACGCAGCGGCUCCCUCGAGAGCGACGGCACCAGCCCGCAGGAGUCGCCGUUGGACCUCUCCAUGAAGAACCUGAUGCAGUCGGCGGCCGCGGCCUCCGCUAGGUCGCCGGCGCUCCAGCUCUUGCCGCCCGGCAUCGUGACGCGAGGCUCGGUCAGCGUGCCGGUGGUCAGGGGCGACGUCGCCUCGCCGACCACCAAGGAGACCGUCGCGGUGCGGUACAACCUGGAGGUGUUGCCGGUCGUCGAGGAGAUGGCUCCGGGCGCGGACGUGGCUUACGUGUGCCCCGAGUGCGGACAGAUGUUCAGUCUUCACGAUCGCCUGGCGAAACACAUGGCGUCCAGGCAUCGCAGGCAAGGCCUUCACGACGCGUCCGCCAAGGCGUACCUCUGCGACGUCUGUCAGAGGAGCUUCGCCCGGUCGGACAUGCUCACGAGGCACAUGAGACUCCACACGGGUGUCAAGCCGUAUACCUGCCGGGUCUGCCGGCAGGUGUUCAGCAGAUCCGACCACCUCAGCACUCAUCAGCGAACCCACACCGGCGAGAAACCGUACAAAUGCCCGCAAUGCGCCUACGCAGCCUGUCGCAGGGACAUGAUCACCAGGCAUCUCAAGACUCACAAUAGGUGCGCCGAGGGGCCCACUCCGAAGACCGAGCCCGGUCUGCUCGCCGGCGAGGAGUGCCCCGCCUUUGGCCAGAGCAUGGCCGCGCCCUCGGCGGUCAUCAAGGCCGAAUGACGACGGCCGGCCGGAUGACCCUGGCUCUACUUCAACUCGAGAUCCCAGCGAGGACGUCGCGGUAAGGUCGAUCGGCCUCGAUCGAGCCAUCGCGGUAACGCUGCGAGGGAACGAACCGGACGUUAGGAAUUCGCUUCGCGUGGGACGGAUCGGCGGACGGGGAUUUCUCUCGCUGUCGAAAUUCGUGGGAUCCCUGGGGUAGUUAGUGGUGACUCCGAAACUCGGGAAUAUCGAGGGACGAUGCGCGUAAGAAUACGCGAAUCCAGUUUCGCUCUUUCGCUGCGACGCGAACGCAUGUGUUUUGCUGUCUUCCUUCUGAACAAUUACACGUGUUCACUGAGCGUCGUCAACGUGUUUGGAUAUCUGUGCCUCACGAUUGUCGAUUAUUGCCGUUGACGAGAAAAUGACAAUGUUACAAAUAUUUUCUUGCUUUACACGUGGAAAAUUUAUAUUUUACGUUGUAUACAUAUUUCCGAGUAGCUAUUUCUGAAUGCAAAUAUCUCGGAAUAAUAUUUGAAACAUCCUUGUCCUUCCUCGAUUAAUCGACAACCGUGAUAGACGAAUUAUUCCUGACGUGAUACACACGAUUUCUAAACAUUUCUGAAAGUCAUCGGACUGACGCUUGGUGCGCACGUGUGUAAAAUGAUUGAUAUUCUGUUGCUUAUGACGUGUUCCAACAUCAAAACACCUAGUCGAACUAAGAGACUUCGAUCUCAAAGCGGAACUCUUGCGUUUCGCGCUUUCGAUUAUCUCUCACAUCCGUCAAUUUGUUUUCCGUUCUCGCCAGCGAAAAAGUGAAAUUUGCGAUGUCGCAUUCUUCGUGAAAAACGUGCGGACGCAAAUGGAAAAAGUUGAACUCCCGUAAGUAUUAUAUCGUAUUAUUUAUGAAAAGAAAGAAGAAGAAAAAAUAGAAACAAUUGAUUUCUCGUCCGACAAUCCUCCAGAUCUCCUAGGGAUUAUCUCUUCGUUAUCGCCGACAAACAGCGAGCAGCGUUGAACAGUAUUAUUGUACUCCUUUGAGCCCCGUCACCGCUUGAUUCCGCUUCCGCGACUCGCGUACUCUUAUCAGCCGAGAUUCGCAAACGAAUUUAUCAUGACAUUCGUAUGUAUCACGACCGGAGCGGUCGGUCGUAGAACGGUCCGGCAACAGCGUCGUUCUUCAAAAAUACGCUCCGUCGUGACGUCCGACGAAUAUCGAUUUCGACAAAAAUCGAAAAUUCAAAUCAUCAAUUAACCGGCGAGUUUUCUCGCUGCCGUUCUAUACUCUUUUCGCUCUCACUUGAACUUCUUUCCUUUCUCGUCGCUACUGGUUUACGCCUUGAUACGUAGUAAUGACGUAUAGCACCGUCGACGGCUGUUCUCGGACAUUCCACGACCGUUGUUGUUGCAAAAAGUAUAUACAUAUCGCCAGCUGGCUUCUCUUAUCUUCCGUUCUCUCGUUCACGAUGCAUAAAGUUAAGGCACACAAGGCGAAAAAGUAAAGCAUUCCGGCCGCGCGAAGGAUACGUGGAAGCGGUGCUUACGGCUCGGCGCCGGAGCCGAAUCGUGCUUUACCGCGCUCGCUACGACCUGUCCAGCGAACCUGUGUACAUAAUCGAUCGUAUCGCGCGUUAUCUCCUCCCCGGGACUUCCCUUCGACGUUAACCGCGGAGAGAGAGAGAGCACCGGAACGUUGGCGACGCGAACACACGUGCCAAAACUUCGGACACGCGGUCUUCACGCGCGUGUUCACCCUCCGCCCCUUACCCUCCGGCGUCAUCCGGCGAAAUAAUCCUAAAUUCGCACAUUGGGACCUCUCUGCUAGUGAACGCGGAGUAUCCGUCGUGGAUUUCUCCUCGUCUCUUCGCUGCUUUCCGCGCGGUUCGGAGGAACGCGCGCGUUCGAUUCAUCAAGCUCGCGGUUCUAAUAGGAUGUAAAUAAUAAUCGGCGACACGUUUAAACGUUCUUAUUUUACAUAUUUAAAUACGCGUAUAUUUUGUAUGUCGCGUGUAUUUCGAUCGAGUGUGUUUUGCAUAUACUUAAUAUGCGCGUGUUCCGCUAAUAAUGUUAAAACGAGAAUAAAAGAUCGUAUUAACUUACGCGCGCCGAAGACACUGCGAGAGAGAGAGAGGGAGAGAGAAAGAUCGCGCAAACGGGCCCCGUAGAUCCCGGUGUGCGGUUUGCACGGUGUUGUGACUCUCAGAGAGAACAAAUAUCCUCCGUCAGUCGAGCCCAAUUCGCGUUACGGAGAAACAUUAUUGGCGACGUGCGCGAAUGUGAUAUAGCGACUUCGCCCUGGUGAAACACGGCGGCAGGCGAGACAUUGAUUAUUCAGGACCAAGUGGAGCGACGCGAGGGAUCGCUCCUCUCGUCGAGCUUAUUUACCGCCAAUAGUUUUCUCAACGUGUCCAUAUCAGUAAGUAGCGAGUCGCCAUUGGUAGCCUCGUCGAUUCGCCCGAAACCUCUGCUCAAGUUGUUGUUACUUGAAAGUAAAAAAAAAAAAGAAAGAAUUGUUGAGACGACUCUUUCCCUGAAGAGGAGAGUCGAAAGAACCUUCGCGAAGCGGCGAUGUAUUAAUAGUUUUGUAAAUGUGAUCGCUCUCGGUCAUCCCGUCGCGGCUUCCCCGUCAGUACGGAAUCGGGAAAGUCGACCGAUCGCGACGAUGAACGGACGGAGGGUGAUAAACGGAAAAUAAGAAAGAGGAAACAUAACCGUACCUGCAGUGAAAGAGAGAGAGAGAGAGAGAGAGAGAGGGAGAGAAAGAAAAAAAAAAAAAGAAGGUAACUCGACGUUAAAGCAUAAUAAAGCGUAUAGAGGUAACGUUAAUUAGUGAGUAACAUUAUUGAUACUAUUAUUGCGUUUUCUAUUAUUGUAACUAUUAUGAUUGUAAUUAUUCGCGCCGCACGCCGUAGGGGAGAGAAGAUAAAAUGAUAUUUUUUUAUACACACACGCGCACUCAUAGAGAGCAACUUUAUAAAAGGCAUCGAUCGAUUCGCCAAGCUCGAUUGAAAAAAUUGCGACGUCUCGCCCCCGAAAUUGAUGCUAAUUAAUCGGUGCCGAUUCGUUAUCGAGAAACGAAUGUCGAAGUGACGACUCGGUGUCGCUCUCACUCACGGGAGAGUGUCUCGGGAGAGACACCGCGAUCGCGCGAGCGAUACGAUAUCUUUGGGUCCUUCAGCGUUUUCCUGUGGGAAACGAGUAGAGUAAGCGAGCGGCGGCGGCCGUUGCGGCGCGAUUAAUCGGAACUGGUUGUGGUGCUUAAGCGAAGAAGGGCGAAUUCGACGGGUAUCUUUGCGCUGUGAAUCGACGAAGACAAUCCUUAAAGUAUACUCCGUUCGUGAUCUCCGCGCGGAUAAAGUCGUCGGGCCGAGCGAACGAACGAACGAACGGCGAAUCCGAGCACACGCUAAACGUCGCUCUAGCGUCGCCGAGCACGCGAAAUGUACGUUGCGACGCGUUAAUGGCAUAAUUUACCAAUGCUCCCUGCGCUAUCCCCGUCGUGAGUGUCGGUGGCAGAAGAAGGAGGUAAAUAAGGGCUGGCUGAAGAUUCGAGAGAUGAUAAGACCGCCGAUGGUAAAUAACGAUAAGCAUCGGGAAUUGGUGGAGCACGGCUCGGCGUAGGGAGAGCGUGUUGUAGCUGAAAGGUGCUCGCGUCACGACGCAACCGUACUCUCCUCUUGUUUUGUAAUAUUUAUAUUAGUACAAAUAAUGGGAAAUAUAUAUUCUCUGUCUUUCUUUCUCUCUCUCUCUCUCUUACUUCCCUUCUAUCUGUUUCUCCGUCUCAUCGAGUCGACGGCACGUUAUCGUCGCGCCACCAAGUUCCCGUUCGCUCGGCCCCGGCGAACAAGUUCGUCUCGUUUCGGAAACGUCAAUUCCACGAUAGUUUUACGAUAGUCAUAUGGUGACUCGCUGAACAGCACGCGCCGACAUGGUACUCGAGCUUAUUCAGCCUCGACCGUUUCGUCCUUAAUUCUCCUUACCCUAUACUCGCAUAUGUACUGGUUCCCGCCCACCCCUCCCUCCCUCCCAUGAGAUGUCUCCUAUUGCUCCUCGCCCGGAAAAAGAAGGUCGCGACGAGUUAUCAGCGCGCUGACAUCCUCGCGACCUGCGCAACAUGCGCGCACAUAGGUAUGUAUAUCUGUAUUUUUGUAUAUCGAGGUUUUUUCUAAUUACCUACCGAUUAUAAGCGUUUCCAGAGGAAUGGGACGAGUAAGUAGCUAUUAAGGAGAAAGUAUUGUCGCUCUCUGCUUGCCAUUUCACUUGCCCCCUCGAUCGAACGGUUGCUUCGAAAGCGGUAUGUCGAUACGGUGCGACGCACGAGGGAGGAUCGUCGAAUCAGAGAGAGAACAUCGUUUCGUCCUGCACUCGGUCGUGAUCGUGGAUGUAGAUCAUGAUCGACGCGUGGCAACGCGAUUGGCUGUCGUGCUACGAGCAUCUUUCGGUGAUUUUUUACUAAUCGCUCGAUGCCCCCGUGAAGAACAAAUUAGUGGGAUAUUUAAUAAUCGUAAUUAGCGCAGAGGUCGCGGAUAUAUGUACCUGAAAUCUCUCGCACAGAUCACAAUUCAAUAUUUUAGAUGGAGAUUUUUUUCGCUCUCGCGACGCACGUGUCGUAGAUUUAUAAAUUAUCUUAUUCAUUCGUCGUACGCUUUGAGGAAGCUGAAAAAUUGUUCGCUCGCGUCCAAAAGCGUUGCUUUAUCGUCAAUUUAUUCUUCGUUAAUUUUUCAAUAGUCGUUGCUGAUUUUUUUUUUUUUGAAUGCAAGGGAAAAGUAAUAAUUCCAAGGCAUGCAAUUAAUACUCAUAGGUUAAUAAUAUGAAUUCAUUUAUUUGUUUAGAAUGGAAAUUGAAUCGCUCAACUAUACGCAUAUUCCAGGCUCGCGGGCGGAAAGUAUCGAGUCGUGUAUUUGAGUCGUGCUAUUAAUUCAAGUGCCAUGCAGCGUUCGACGCGUCGAUCAUCUCGCGGACGCGUCCCUUUUUUGUUCUCUUUUUUAUUUUAUUUUUUUGCGUGGUUACAAGAGCGAGAGUAUCGGGACCUCUGACUUGGCGUUAUCCCUCGCACCGGAUUCAGCCUUAAACUGACAGAAUCUCUUGCGUAAUAAGUCCGUAGUAACUUAAGGUAAGGAAAAGAUGUGGGGAAAGAACGAAGACGUUCGAUGUGUCUUCGGGCAGUUAAGCGAUCGCCGUGCCAGACAACCUGUUCUUGUAAUUAUUAACAAGUAGCCAUUUGUACGACUAUUAUUAUUUCUAUUAUUAUUAUUAUUAAUAUUAUUAAUUAUUUUAUUAUAUUAUUAUUAAUAAUAUUAUUAUUAUCUCUCUAGAGUUACGUUGUUAAGUAAUUAAUCAUGUUUAAUGCUUCUAUUAUUUAUUUUGUUAUCCCGUUCAUGAGUCAAGCUUUCUACUUUCUCCUCGUCCGUUCUUUCCUCCCUUCCUCCCCCCGUUCUGUCCAACUCUCCGCCUUAUCCAUUCAUCCUAGCUGUUCCAUCCCGGAACCGGGAGAGAGAGAGAAAGAAAGAGAGAGGGAGGAGGUAAUUUUACACGUAGAUCGAAUGCAUUCACGGAUAGAGCUCGCCGUAACGCGAUGCUCGCGAUGUCCGCACAUCAUUUGCGCAUCUUUGACUCGAACGAAACCGAGAACAACUACUUCGAAUCUCAAGCUCAUCUCUCCUUCCUCCGUCCUACAUGGCACAGAAAAAGCUUGUCUCCGAAGAGAUUUUGAUCUCGCGACUCCCGAACGAAAGCAUCUUUUGUAACGAUAAAUAAAACACGAGAGAAUUUGUGUAAAUUAUUGAUGGUGGUGAUAAUGAUGGUCACGAUGAUAAUGAUGAUGAUAAUGAUGAUUGUGUACGUUAAUUUAUAAAUUAUGUUGUGUUUACGAUUCGUGCCAGAAUGGAAAAAAUAUAAUUUUUCAACGAAUCA